AUGGGUGAGCACCGUACGCUCAAGAGCACCAUCACUGACCGUCUUGCAGAGGCACCUCGGGUUAUGCUAACACUAAGAAUGGCAACUGAUGAUGAAAUCUGUGUGAGUAUGUUCGAUGAUUUGGCCCUUGCAUUCCAUGAAAAGUUUGAUGCUUACGGAAAAGAGCCUAAGAUUGUCUUAAUAACGAGCAUCAAUCCAAAGAUAGCUUCAGGGAGGUUAUACCUCAACGGCACUUCCGCCACCCGUGUAUUCUUUGACUGUGAAACAGCUGUUGGGAAAGAGGCAUACGACCGGCAGGUUUUUCUGGUUUUCUCUAUUUUGAUACUUAAUGUUUAUCCCUACAAGAUUGAACCCCUGACUAUUAAAGAGCUUAACGACUUUGUUUUGACCGGUGAUCCCCAGGUCAUCGACUUUAUUUGUACCGCCAGCAUCACUGGUGUUCAGCUAGAAGAUGGAUGGUGUUACAUUGGCUGCUCUAUUUGUUCAAAGAAGCUUCUCCGGGAGGAGACAUCAUUCACAUGCGCCUCAUGCAAUCUACCUAAUGCUGUAGCUGAACUCAGGUAUCGAGUUGCCUUUUCUGUAUCGGACGCCACAGGCACAGCAGCCUUUCUUGGCUUCGAUAAAGAGAUUGCCAAGCUGACAAAUGUAUUGGCAUCGGAGGCCGCGCAGAUUGUGGGAAUUGGUGCUAAUGCUGAGGUGGACACUGAUAUCCCUCGGUCUCUUUCAGCUGUAGUCGACAAGACUUACACUUUCCAACUUAAGUUAACAGAUUUCAACUUCAGUCCAAAUCACCAAACCUUUACCAUUUCUCGCAUUUUUCCAGCACGAGAGCUUGCACCGAACCCCACAUUUUCUGAAGGUGCAUGGGCAGCUACAACUGCAGUACCUGAGUCUUUACGAUCAGGUUCCGACUCAACAGGUAGCAGCUCAGGCAUUCCCGCGGGCCAAACCAUAGCGACUGCAAAUUCUUUAGAGGUGCUUGACCCAGCUGUGAAGGAAGUCUUUGAACCAGAAGGAAAUCCACCCAAAAAACCAAGGGUGGAAUGA